GAUAUUUAUCAGUUGCAAUUUUAACUCCCACAUUCAAGGUUCAAAAUAAUAAAAAAAAAUAUGUUACAAAUAAAAUCUUUACCUCCUGAGUUACAAAAAGUGGCAGAAACCGAAUUGGGUGAAAUGCCCCACAGAAUACCAGAUGACUUGCAGGCCCUUAAAACUUGGAUUGAACAACAGCCACAUUUGAAAGCCCGUUUAGAAGACCAGUUUUUAAUACAAUUUCUGCGUGGCUGCAAGUACAGUUUGGAAAAGGCUAAAAAUAAAUUGGAUCUUUUCUUCACUUUGAAAUCAAAAUUUCCCGAUUUCUUUAAUAUAACCAAUAUACAUAAAACUGGUUUUAGGAAAAUGUAUAGCUAUGGUCUGGGUAUUCCUUUGCCACGCCCCCUUAACGACACGGGUCCUCGCAUCUUUUUUAUGAAAUUCGAAGGUGAUGUAGCCAAAGGUCUGGUAGACUUUGAUGAACUUUAUCGUCCUACAAAUGCUAUGCAUGAAAUUUUAAUUAUGGAUGAUCCUUAUGCCUGUAUAAAUGGCAUUAUAUAUAUUAUGGAUUUGAGAAAUAUUACCCUAAAUAUGGCUGCCAAAUAUACACCUUCAUUUCUGCGUAAAGUUGUACAAUUUUAUGAAAAAUCUUCACCUCUACGUAUUAAGGGGGCACACUUGAUAAAUACUCCGACAUUUUUUCACAGUGUUUUGAGUAUAGUGAUGCCGUUAUUUUCCGAGAAACUAAGAGAAAGGAUAUCAAUUAAUGGUCAAAAUUACGAGAAUUUAUAUAAAAUAAUACCAAAAGAAUAUUUCCCCUCACAUCUAGGUGGUGAGAAUGCUUCAAUUGAAGAUCUCUUUAAAGACUUUAAUCAAAAAUGGUCCGAAUAUGAUAAUUAUUUUAAAGAAAAUGAAAACUAUGGCACCAAUGAACAUUUAAGGCCUGGUAAACCUCUCGAUUUUGAUAGUAUGUUUGGUAUGGGAGGGUCAUUUCGUAAAUUGGAUGUGGAUUAAAAUGUAUAAAAUUGCCAAGAUAAUUUGUAUUACAACUAUUAUUUGAUUUUAAUAAAAUAUCAAUUUAAUUACAUUA